AGAAAGUUCAGCAAACUUUAUUGUCGUUCAAUGAUUUGGGAAUUGGUUGGAUUCCGAUUAACAUAAUAUUACAUAGACCUUAAUCUUGCUUGUUCAUUCGAACAACAUAAUUUCACAAUUGUUUGAAGCUUUCUUUGAGUUCAUUUGGGGAAGCAUUAACUCUUCAUUUGAAUUUUGAGUUGAUGUAAUUUAAGGUUUUGAUUUUGUGUUGUGAUGAGUUCGAGGGUAUCGUUGACUUUGUGUUGUGAUUAGAAAAUGUAUUUCCAAAAAAAAAAUUAAUUAGUCAAUUUACAAAAUUAGUAAUUAUUUUUAUAAUUCGUCAAAGUAUAUCAAUUUAUUAUGUCAAAAAAUGAAAUAACAGUCGGUUUUUUUUUUUUUUUUGAAUAUCAAUAUCCUCAAAGUAACAAACGUUAAAUGAAAAAACGGGCUUAAUCAAAACCCUUUUUUUCAACAAAAAUCCCCUCUUCUCUUUUCCUCUCGCACAAAACCCUUCCCACCAACUCCAUCGCCGGAAAACGACGCCCCCCUCCUCUCUCUUCAUCACCGGAAACGGCGACAUAAAAACCAUCCUUCUGAAUUAGUGCCUUUCGCUAAUCGACAAUACGGCAUCAUACUUGUUCGCUUGGUGAAUUAAUAUCAGAAGACUCAUUCAUCUAUCAUCUCUCCCGGCUUCAUAGAUUUUCAAGUGUAUGGCAACCUCUCAUGAAGAAGAAUAUGUGCUGCUUGACUUGGAUUCAAUUUCUGGGCAACUUCACAUUCCACCUAAUGCUCCCUAUGUUCUCUCUGGCCUGGAUACAUUGAACCCGAUCCUAAUUAUUGAUGACAAAAUAAAGCUGAUUGGCGAAUACGAGGAAACUAUUGGAACAUGUCUUGUUUUCAGUGAACACGAUGCUUCGCCUGUGGUUCAUGAAGAAACGGGAUCAUCUGAAGUAAAUCUUUUUUCAGGAAAAUGUAUAAUUAAUCCGAAUGAGGUUACAAGAAAGCAAGUCAAACCUGUUUGUCAACUUCAAAAGGUGCUUAGGUUCAAGUUGUUACAAGAUGAUCAAACCAACAAUGUUGUUGAUGUUCCAACAAUCGAACAUAGUACCAUGAAGAACGACUAGUUUUUUUUUUGUUGUUGUAUGUUUACAGUUGUUAAAGUUUUUAAAAUGACCUUUUUGCCCAUACCUUUUCAUCUUUUUCCAUUUUGCCCUUUAUUUUAAUUUUAGUGCUAUAAAACGUCGACUUGUAGCAUAAUAAAUACUUAGAUAUGAUGUCAAGUAUAAAACAGAAAU